UUUCCCUAAAUAAAAGAGAAAAAAAAUAAAAGGGAUCAGUAAAUUAAUUUCUCCUCCACCCCGCCGGUUUUGCUCCCCUUACAGCUGCGGUCCUAAUCAGCCAAGUUUGCCGGCGCUGCCGUAUUUGGAAAACCCUCCGUUUAAAACUCAAAGAAUAAUAUAACAAUGGCCAAAGUUGAAGGCGAUAGUAGGGAGCCAUUGAACGAGCAAGCUGUUGCCAACAUAUACGGUUCCAUGAGAACCGAUAUCAACCAAAUCUACUCCAAAAUCACCGAACUCGAAAUGGAGGUUAGCGAGCACUCACUUGUGAUCAACGCCAUAAAGCCGCUCGAUCCAUCAAGAAGGUGCUACCGCAUGAUUGGAGGUGUUCUUGUCGAGAGAACUAUCCAAGAAGUUAUGCCAGCUGUCAAUCGAAACAAGGAAGGUCUCGAAGAAGUCAUUGCUCGCCUUAACGAAGCCCUUGAGAAGAAGAAAAAGGAUUUGGCCGCAUUUGAGGCCAAGUACAAAAUCAGAAUCAAGAAGGGUGACGGUGAAAUGAAGGAUGAAAGUGGUAAGAAAGAAGGGAAUGCACAGGGAGUCCUCGUUGGUCCUGCUGCUAAUGAAUAGAUAUGCGAUUUAUUUGUUUUUUUUUUUAAUCUAUUUGAUUUCUCGUGUUAUUUUGAUGUGAGAAUUACAGAGAUUUUAUUGUCGUAUGGUGUAACACUUUAUGUUGAAGAAGAUUGAUUUUCGGUAACUUAAACUUGCCCUUGUGAGAACUUAGAGAUCUGUAUUUUGCUGACAUAAUAAGUUGGACAAGUUUUAGGUUGAAUUUUGGGCUUAUGAUUUUGGAGUUUAUUUGAUCUAGUUAUUUGGAUU